GGGAGCCAUUUCGAGCUGUGCCUGGUUACCCUGUGUGGCGUCAGGCGCCGGGCUGUUGCCGCAGUCCCAAUCCAGACGCACUCCAGCAGGACCCUUCUCAGCCUGGAAGCUGGGCUCGCAGGAGUGCAGCCAGUUUAUCUCCUCGUUAUUGUUCCUUCUCUGCUGACUUCCUCCUCGGGCAGCCAGGGGCUGGAAGGAGCCCCGCCUUCCGAACUGGCCCAGGAAAAGUUCCAAGUUCGGCCGUGCCUGGCCGGUCGUGCAUCUGCACCAUAUGCCCAGCUGACCCCGGUGUCCCUGUGAGUCUGCAAGCCUGUGGCCAGCUCUGAACCAAGCAGAGUGGGCAGGCCUGGGGCAUUCUGCCAGGGCUGAGCAGGGCGGAGUGCUGGGAGGAGGACCUGGAAGUCAGCAGGGAACAGCGGCAGAUGACCUCUACCAGGGACGGUCCAGUUCUGUAAAGUUUUGGCUAAGUAGAAUCAACACACUUCCCAAGUCUGCAAAGAGUGCUCCGUUAGUGACGCUUCUGCCCUGGUCCGCUCACUCCACAGAUGGGGGCAGCCACGCCAUCCAGGAUUCCCGGGCCUCCAGUCUGGUCUCUGACAGUGAGAGUUCCCCCACCGGCCCCGCCAGGCAUGACUGGGAGAUGAAUUACCAAGAGGCAGCCAUCUACCUCCAGGAAGGCGAGAACAACGACAAGUUCUUCACCCACCCCAAGGAUGCCAAAGCGCUGGCCGCCUACCUCUUCGCACACAACCACGUCUUCUACCUGAUGGAGCUGCUCACCGCCCUGCUGCUGCUGCUGCUGACCCUGUGCGAGGCGCCCGCCGUGCCCGCACUGCGCCUGGGCAUCUACGUCCACGCCACCCUGGAGCUGUUUGCCCUGAUGGUGGUGGUGUUUGAACUCUGCAUGAAGUUGCGGUGGCUGGGCCUCCACACCUUCGUCCGGCACAAGCGGACCAUGGUCAAGACCUCCGUGCUGGUGGUGCAGUUCGUCGAGGCCAUCGUGGUGCUGGUGCGGCAGACGUCCCAUGUGCGCGUGACUCGGGCACUGCGCUGCAUCUUCCUGGUGGACUGUCGCUACUGCGGUGGUGUGCGGCGCAACCUGCGGCAGAUCUUCCAGUCCCUGCCGCCCUUCAUGGACAUCCUCCUGCUGCUGCUGUUCUUCAUGAUCAUCUUCGCCAUCCUUGGAUUCUACUUGUUCUCUCCUAAUCCCUCUGACCCUUACUUCAGCACCUUGGAGAGCAGCAUCGUCAGCCUGUUUGUCCUUCUGACCACAGCCAACUUCCCGGAUGUGAUGAUGCCCUCCUACUCCCGGAACCCCUGGUCCUGUGUCUUCUUCAUCGUGUACCUCUCCAUCGAGCUCUACUUCAUCAUGAACCUGCUCCUGGCCGUGGUGUUCGACACCUUCAACGACAUCGAGAAGCGCAAGUUCAAGUCUCUGCUGCUGCAUAAGCGAACUGCCAUCCAGCACGCCUUCCGCCUGCUCACCAGCCAGCGGAGGCCCAAGGGCAUUUCCUACAGGAAGUUUGAAGGCCUGAUGCGCUUCUACAAGCCCAGGAUGAGUGCUAGGGAGCGUUUUCUGACUUUCAAGGCGCUGAAUCAGAGCAACAAACCUCUGCUGAGCCUGGAGGACUUCUGUGACAUCUACGAAAUUGCCACCCUGAAGUGGAAGGCAAAGAGAAACCGCGAGCACUGGUUUGACGAGCUCCCCAGGACGGCCUUCCUCAUCUUCAAGGGAAUUAAUAUCCUGGUGAAGUCCAAGGCCUUCCAGUAUUUCAUGUACUUGGUGGUGGCGGUGAAUGGGGUGUGGAUCCUGGUGGAGACUUUCAUGCUGAAAGGCGGGAACUUCUUCCCCAAGCACGUGCCCUGGAGCUACCUCGUCUUUCUCACCAUCUAUGGAGUGGAGCUGUUCCUGAAGGUGGCUGGCCUGGGCCCUGUGGAGUACCUGUCCUCCGGAUGGAACCUGUUCGACUUCUCCGUCACAGCAUUUGCCUUCCUAGGCCUGCUGGCUCUGGCCCUCAACAUGGAGCCCUUCUAUUUCAUCGUGGUCCUGCGUCCCCUCCAGCUGCUGAGGCUGUUCAAGCUGAAGAAGCGUUACCGCAAUGUGCUGGACACCAUGUUUGAGCUGCUGCCACGGAUGGCCAGCCUCGGCCUCACACUGCUCAUCUUCUACUACUCCUUCGCCAUCGUGGGCAUGGAGUUCUUCUGCGGGCUCCUGUACCCUAACUGCUGCAACACCAGCACGGUGGCGGAUGCCUACCACUGGCUCAACCACACUGUGGGCAACAAGACCGUGGUGGAGGAGGGUUACUACUAUCUCAACAACUUCGACAACGUCCUCAACAGCUUCGUGACCUUGUUCGAGCUCACAGUUGUCAACAACUGGUACAUCAUCAUGGAAGGUGUCACCUCGCAGACCUCCCACUGGAGCCGCCUGUACUUCAUGACCUUUUACAUCGUGACCAUGGUGGUGAUGACAAUCAUCGUGGCCUUCAUCCUGGAGGCCUUCGUCUUCCGGAUGAACUACAGCCGCAAGAGCCAGGACUCGGAAGUGGACAGUGGUAUCACCCUCGAGAAGGAAAUCUCCAAGGAGGAGCUGGUGGCUGUCCUGGAGCUGUACCGCGGGGCUCGAGGGGCCUCGUCCGAUGUCACCCGGCUGCUCGAGACCCUCUCACAGAUGGAGAAGUACCAGCAAAAUUCCCUGGUGUUUCUGGGGCGGAGGUCAAGGACCAAAAGCGACCUGAGCCUGAGGAUGUACCAGGAGGAGAUCCAGGAGUGGUACGAAGAACACGCCCGGGAGCAGGAGGCCCAGCGGCAGCCCCUGAGCGGCAGCGGCACAGCGCCCGACACCCAGCAGCCCCCCGGCAGUCGCCAGCGCUCGCAGACCGUCACCUAGCGCCAGCUCGUGAAGCCAUCUCUUCUAUGCAAUACCACAGUAGUAUUCUCUUCCCACCAUGUAUCGGGAGAACGUGUGUGAACACGCACUCACAUAUAUGCACAUGUUUAUAGCAAGCGGACCAGCACUGAGGCGCCGUGUAGUUGCCUGGCCCUGUCUUCCGAUGCCACAGUUGCCUGGCCUUUACAGGGGCCGUCCCCACAGGGCCGGGCUGGGCCGGGCUCCCGCUGCUGCUUCCAGGCCCGCGUCCCCUGAGAACUCCCUACUAACCCUCCCUGAGACACCCUGUCACAGGCAUGUGUCUGGCUUUUGGGACAAAACCACUUACCAGUAGGAAGGAAAGAACUUCCCACUCCGGCGGUAUUUCUCAGAUGAUCAUGUAAUAGGACAGACGUCCCUUUGCAGGAGGAGGAGUAGGGGGAGAUUACAAACUAUGUCAGGUGGUCAGGUGCAGGCGGCCGGAGCCAGGCGAGAGGUGGUACUGGCCCGUUUCAGUCCCACCUCUGUGAGUCUUCUCUCCUGUGCCCUUCGGUGUAGCCCUUAUGGCUGGAAAGCCUCCUGCCACAGCCUCCUGCAGGACACAGGCACCAGGUAGAGAAGACAUGGCCGUUUCCUGCCUGGGCCACCUGUACCAAGUCUGCUUCCUGGCAUGGGCCUUGCCCUGUGUGUGCUGGGAACGGGGGCAACCUCUGCAGGGACGUUUGCUGCAGGCAUGGCGGGGACUCAUCUCCAGGGUUUUCCAUGCCAGAUUGGUUGUUGCAGGAGGCCUGGGCAGGCACCCAACUAACCGAGCGCCCCAGUGCCUCGUGGGUGGUCUGUGCAGGGCUGGGGGUGGACAGGUGGCACAGGGCAGAGGUUAGGGGUAGCAGCUGCCAGGCACACAAAGCCUGGUCCUGGGGAGCAGUCCCAGUCCCAACCCCUCCUCCUGGCCACCUCCAAGGCUGGGCUAGUCUGGAAGCCGGCUGGGUGCCCUCUGCCCUCAGCAGGGCAAAGCAGGUGUCCCAUGUUUUUAAGCACAGCCCUUUGGGAAAACACUGCUUCCCGGGGCAGUCAGGAGACAACAUGGUCCUCUUCCUCUCUAGAGGGCAUGGGAGUUCAGCAGAGCCUGGGCCAGAGCUCUUCUCUCCAGAGAGGGAACCUUAUUUGCACAUCCGGGUGCCUUUUUGCUUUUGUGUAUUGGAAUGGGCAUUCUGGGAGGGGGCAGGGGCAGCCUCAUGGGGGGCGUGGCUCUGCAACCUGAGCAUCUGGCCUGCAGAGUCGGGGGUGUCUCGGUCCUGUUGGGGGGUCACUAGUCCCCCAUCCUGUCCCUGACGUGGCACUGGUCAGGACCAGUCAGAGGUACGGGUGGCACUAGGGUCGGCAGGCCAGACUCCAGCCAGUGUUGAGCUCUGUCAUCUGGCCAGCGACACCAGGGGCCACCCAGGCUGUGAGCCCCAGGGCCCCAGGAUGCCAUCUAGCUCAGACAGCCCUGUGCCCCCACGUCGCAGCUGAGCGGGACCAGGUAGCCCUCGCUGCACACCCCCGGUCGCAGCCUGCCCAGGUUGGCAGGCUCUGUGCCCACCCCCAGGGUGCGGCGCUUCGGGGAGGACAGCGUCCGGCCCCUGCUCCUCCCUCACCCAGCCUUACGUCACACCACGUGGACAAUCAUUUUGUACGGAUCACAGGAGCAACCCUGUAAGAUUUUGUACGUUGGUGAUUUGCUACCUAGAAACCCACUGUGUCUCUGGAUCUCUGGCAUAUUAAUAAUAAAAGAGCCUGUGCUUUGUA